CCCUAAACAAAUAACGCGCACAUCGACUUAUUUUUGUUAGUCUUAUCUUCUGAUUCAUUCCUUCUUGUGUAUCAUGUUCUCUGCCCUACUUUCCACCCGCACAGCUGGUAUUGCCGCUGUAGCGCGAACCCCCGCCGCUUUCACUGCCCUGCGCGCAUACGCCACUGGUGAAAGACACGAGGGUGUUGUCAAGUGGUUCAACAGAACUAAGGGUUAUGGAUUCAUUACCCCCGAGGAAGCCGGUGCCCCCGAUCUUUUCGUUCACCACAGCAACAUUCAGAUGGAGGGAUACCGCUACUUAGAGGAUGGAGCUCAAGUUGAAUAUGUUUCCGAUAUGGAUGAGAAUGGUCGCGCUCGCGCCACCGGAGUUGUAUCUAAGUACCCUCCCCGCCAGGAUAGCUUUUAAUCUGUUGAAUCGUGCUGGUUGGUGACUUUUCGACUUAAGAUGGCGCCACAUGCGUGUGUAGCUUUGAACCACUUUGUUAUUUGGCGUAGAUAUCUAAUCUACUGUUGAGUCAUCUAGACUGAAAUAUGGUUUAAACCGCGACUAAUGGCAACCUGGAGGUAGCAAUGGUGUACGUUGUCGUCGAACGGAUCUAUUUGCUUCAUGAAAUCUGUGUGGAUCAAGUCGAGAAACAUACUCUGUAAAUAUAGUUAAAAAGGAUCGAUGCAGACGCUGGAUUGAAGUUAAGUGAUAGAUUUCGAAUUUGCUGGGUUGUUGCACCAGGAAAAGAAAAUAGUUGAUAAAUGCCAUGUCCGUUCACCCGA